UUGAUACUAUUUAUUUCCUCUGCUUUCAAAUGAAUUACAGCCACAUAAACAUUUCCUUGGUGUUGUAGGUGAGAAGUCCCAACUCAACUCAAACGUUGCUCGAAGAGGAGCCAUUAUAGCUCUAAUGAAGUGUCUCAUGUUAAUGUGUUUAUUAGAGGAGAUGAAACGUUAAUUACACUAGAAAUAAGAUUAAUAGAUGGGCGGAGAGUUUGCAUAUGUUGCCAAUCGCUGCAUAUUACGCUGUUCAAAAAGUGCUGAGUAGCGUGUAUAGAACAAACGUUCAAGGUACAUUUGAUAGUAAGUAGUAAUGUUGAUAAUCAAAUAACAAAACUUAUUAUUCUGUCAGGAACAAAACAUGCAGCGUUUCACUGUAGAGCCUCAUAAAGACAAAUAGACUUUACAAUCACACCGUCACAACACAGACAGGAUAUAUUUCAAAUUACUUAAGGAGCAACUUAAUUCACUAUGACUGGUUGAUUCUGAUGAGUGCCAGAAUGUGACGAUGGGAAAAUCUCUUUUCUCUUUCUUAUCUACCUUGGGUCUAGAGAUGAUGCCAUCUAACUUCCUUAUUCAUCCGUCUUACCUUUGGGAAAUUCUGCCAUGCUAUCAGCUUGAAAUAUUGUUUAAACUGCAGCAUAGGCAUUGUGAAUGUUGACAUGUUUACUACCUCAUGUUGUUCUUCUGUUCGCAUAGAAAAAUCACCCUGGAUUGCAUUACCUGACCAGAGGGCACAAUGGUAGAUUUAAUCUUGUUGGUCAAAAUGUAAUUUAGGUUGUUCCAUUGCUUUAACACCAAACUGCUUCAUACAACAGAACUUCGAAAGACAUUUAAAAUGGUUAAGUUUAGAUUUGACAGACUAAGGGAAUUGUAAUGGGAAUUGGUGCAUAUAAAGCAGUGUAUUAACAUCUAGACUUGUGACACUUUAAAAUAGCUAAUAAAAUUAUUCAGUAGUCCAAAAUGUUACAGAAUAUUGGUAAGGCAAGAAGUUAUAGGUUACGAGUCCACCACAGAGAAGCUUUCGACUGGAGUAACAUCACAUUGUUGCUUUGAGAUUCGAUUCGUCUCCAAACAAACUGAGUGACCUUUCUUUGCGAAGGUGUAUUGGUCGGCCGUAAUACAGACAGGUAGCUUGGUUUUUGCUCAAUUUGUGGGUGACGUUUAUAAAUUGGUAAGCAGUAAGGUUGAACAUAAGAUUGACCGACAUUACAAUUUUUUUACAAGUAUCAACUGUUUCAAGAACAUAUACUAUUAGCUGAUAUGCUUACGCAUUUUUAAUUAACUUUCGCUAUUGGCAUACAUUAUUGUGCGAUGGUAGCUAGCCAUUAAGAUUGUAUUUAAAUUCUUUACAAAAUUAGAAAGUCCUAAAAUGUUAUGCUAUGCUAGCUAAAAUACAUAUUAACUGUCAAUUUUACUUACUCCACUCCCAAAAUGGUGGUUCAAUUUAAUUGGCUUGAAAAAGUAGCAUGAUAUGACAUCACACGACAAGGAUCCACCCAUUUAGCUCAUUUUCUCGACAGCUCAUUGGUUAGCCUUAGACUUGUACCACGUGACUGCUUGUGGGAGUCGCAUUAGCCACGCCCCCAGAUCUAGCCCACUGUUGGAGAACACAAAAGUCCAAAUAACAAGUCAAGUAUUUCAAGAAAUUGAGAAACAGACAUAUGAAAUGUAUCCCCUGGACUCUCUGGAACGAUGUCUGACAGUCUAGGUAAAAGAAUACAACGUUAUUCCGUUGUUGAGCUGAUAAGUCUCCCAUUGGUCAGUUUGUGCAUUAUGCUAAUAUGGACAGCGACGUCAGUUCCUGAACUUGAGCGCCAUUUUUUUCCUCAAUAGGGGAAGAAAGGGACAAAAGCUGACCAAAAGAAGCCCACCCUCCGAAAGGGGUAUGCGAACAUCAUCUUUGGUUUUUGACCACAUUCUUCCGACAGCGGUGUGUGUUGACAGAGGAUGCUGCUAGGAUGAGUAUCUGUGUGCAGCGCUGGUGGUAGCAGACGCAGCUCAGCGACACACACACACACACACACGCACACACACACACAGUAGAGGGCCAGUGGAAGUGGAAAACGUUAUCCCUGUCGGAGGUGGCACAACGACAACUAACGUCGAUCUACACCAACAUCUGGCCGAGGUAAAUAUCCGUUGGGGUGAAGUAGGAAGAAGCUACCGACGUCUCAAUAACUCCGGCAGCACCCGGGCUGUGUUCGCUUGGAGGGCAAGGUUUUAGUUCGUAGGAGGUCUGUCGUUACACCAAGACAGUUUUAGAUCCCUAGAAUACGUUUUAUAAAAUGUCUCUUUGUAAAUGGAGAGCUAUUGAAUCAUGUAUUAUCCAUGCACAGAUUGACCGAGUUAAAUUGUAAAAUCAGCUGUUGCACAUUGUGUUAUUAGUGCCACCAAACAACUUGUAUAUUACAAUAUCCAUGUUACGUUACAGUCAUGUCAUUUUUUUAAAACCUGGGAUUAUUGUUAUGCAGUUACUAUUUUACUACAUUCUUCCUAGGUAUGUUCAUUAUUGCAUCUCUUAUGCACGUUUUAUAUUUCUGGCAAGACUUCAUAAAGUUGACACAACAUAAACGUUUAAUAACAUUAUGCUUUAACAUUAUGAGAUGAUAAUCUUGUUGAUUUUUCUGCUGGCAUGUGUUUGCAGUUGCCAUUCUUUCCAUUAUGUGCCAUUUGUCUGUGUGCUAUCCCUUUUUAAACAGUCUCCAUUCACCAAACAAUUGUACGGGGCUGAAGUUAAAAGUGAAAUGAUUAUUUUACUCUCGCAGUUUAUACUUUGAGACAUUGACUGGGGAAUGUUGUGACUGUUUUAUAUUUUUUCAUGCUAACAUUGAUGCUUAUUUUCUUCUACAAGGCUUCAGAGGAAUAAUGUAUCAGUAUCCAGUUGGAAAUAUUGAGAAGAUCCGAAAGGGACGCAAGGCGGUGAAAAACAUCCUUGGUGAGAUUGGCCUGGAAGACUGCCAAAAUCUAUUGAAGGAUCUCUAUGAAAAGUCUGAGAGAGACUCUGAAGAAGAAGAGGUCUUUCAGGAAACGGAGUGGGUUGAUAUCACAGAUGGAUACAGUGUCAGACCCCAGAAGAAGUGGCCGUAUAGGUCUCGAGCUCUCUGCUGUAGCAUGUGCAAGUACUCUUCACAAAACAUCUAUAACUUCAGGAGCCACAUCUCUCGUUGCCAUGAUUAUGUGCAGUCACACUGUGCGCUGGCCCCCUGCUCCAAGUGCGUCUUCAUCGGACCCCCCAAGUUCCUCAAGAAGCACAACCUGAUCUUCCAUGCCAGCCACACACAACCGCAGAGGGAUGCGUCUCCACAAACCCACCGCGGAAAUGAACGGUAUCAGUGUCGAAAAUGUGGAUUCCCAGCCCCUUCUAUCUUUACGAUGAAGAAGCACAUCAUCCUCAAGCACCUGGACAGUGUGGCAGAACAGUACAUCGGUUACAGAUUUAUUCCUCAAGGGACGACAUCUGUGAAGGUCUACUGCUGCAAGGUGUGCAAGGUGAACACCGGAAACCUCGACCAAAUGUUGCAUCACAUGCUGGUUGACCCGUUGCACUUUUCAGUCGGCACACAAGUGCAGAGUAUGAUUUACGAGAACAAGAACUUUGCCGUUAAAGCGACGCCGAAUGGAAAUGGUGUGUUUGUGACAUUCCCAAGCAUUGCUCCGAAACUACAGCAAGCUCAAAUGUUCAACAGUAAGUCCUUGGUUUUACCAAGUAAUGGCCAACCCGGUGGCACUGUGUUGGCCUUACAGCAAUUAGGAAGAACAAACAGUACGACUCUGAUCUGUUCCCCCGGAAGCAACCAGGCUUUCCUGCCCCCUCAAGCGUCGGCGCUAGUGCAGCUGGCGAGUGCUGAAGCUAAAGGUUUGCUCCAGCCCGGCGCAACGCUAGCCCUCCGAGGGGCUUUGCCUCAAGGACUCGGAUCUCUGGUCCAGCUUCCCAGCCUGUCCAACGUGUCUCUGAAGCAGACACAUAUGGCUCUAGCUCCUGCUCCGCAACAACAUCCUCUCCAACCGCAGCAAUUCCUUCUCCAAUCAGGACCGCGGGCCAACAUGGCAGCUGGAGCUGUGUCGAAGGCCGCUGUGAAUCCCAAAAAUGCACCAACAAACCAAGUCACGCUCCAAGGUACCAUGCUGACGUCACAGUCCCUGAUGAGUCACUUGAUCCCGACUGGCAACAAGAUGAAUGGCAUGCCCACUUACACGUUUGCUCCAAUGCAAGUGGCAAUGCCCGUCUCCCAGAGCACAAGCGCCCCGCUCAAGACUGUUGAGCAAACGAGGAACUCCGCACCACAAACUAAGAAAUGGAUUACCUGUCCCCUCUGCAAUGAACUUUUCCCCUCUAGUGUCUUUGACGUGCACACAGAGGUCGCCCACCAGCAAAAAUCCAACACCUCCGCCUCAGAAAGUGUGGCGGCGCGAGCGUCAUUCUUGAAAAAAAUGCCUGACAAAACUGUCAAAUGUCUAACGUGCAAAAUUCUUCUCUCAGAAAAAAGCGUCUUCCAACACCUUCUGCAUGGCCUAAAUUGUUUGUACUGCUCGGCAUUGUUCUUUUCAAUCAAGCAGCUGGUUGAACAUGUGAAGCAGCACAAUCCCUCAAGCAAGACGUACUGUGAUUUCCUGAGGCAGAAGUUCAGGCUCUACUCAAAAGGUGUUGGAGGAAUCCUGUUCCCGUACUUUGACGUCCACACCACCGCACCAAAAGAGGUUUUAGGAGACACCGAGGUCAAUCUAGCUCUGGUCACAAAUUCACUCGACCUGAUCUUCUUUAAGCUGCAGCCCAGCAGCCAGCCAGACAUCUGCACGGCAACGACACAAAUCAACAGCGCGUACUGUCCCUUCUGUGAUGAAAAGUUUCCGAAUGAGAGCAAACACCUUCAGCACCUGAAGCAAAAACAUUUGGUCGCGCCCACAAUUCAUGCUAUUCUCAAGACGGAGGCGUUCAAGUGCAUCUACUGCAACGGUGUGUACACGGGCAAGGUCACCCAGCAGGCGGUGAUGCUGCACAUUCAGCGAUGCCGGUGUUCCCCAAAACCACCGCAGCCACCGAAAACUACGGCGGCACCGCCGCCACAGCCGCCGCCGCCAAAGCCCGCUCAGCAGCUCAGCCAGCCGGUCUACUUUCUCCAAAUACCACAAGGACUGACGAUGAAGCCGACGUUGGCUCCGGCUCGCCUGAUUCAAGCCGCACCCACUGCCGCGUGUUCAGAGACGGAAGCGGAGACGCUGUCAAAGAAGAGGCUGGAGGCGGCGUGGAGGGAUGUCUUGGAGACCAACAAACGCGAGCGGGAAGAAAAGGCGGCCAGUCUCAGGAAGCGAGAGCAGGAGAAGCUGUCGCCGCCGGAGCCCGUGGUGCCGCUCGUCCCCGCGGGGAAGCUGGUGUUGGAGCCCAGCGAAGACGAGCGCCGCUGCAGCGAGGGGCGCAAAGACUUCAUAUCCAGAUACUUCAACCAGAACCCCUACGCGACCAAAACCGAGACCGAGGAGCUGUGCAAAAGGAUGUCCCUCACCAAAACGGAGUUGGCGGCCCACUUCAACAAGAAGCGCAGUAAGUGCAUCAGGAGCCUCAAGAGGAACCGGGCUGCCGUUUUCCUCGGCUUUAACAUGACGGAACUGAGCAAAGUCAAGCACAAUCUCGUCGUCGACAAAAAGCAGCCCGCCGGUGCCACCAAGCGGUCGACAGAGCCCCUGGAAAAGAGUGAGGAUGGACCGGAGCCAAUGGAUGAGAGUGGAAAUGAGAAAGUUACGAAUGGGGAACCGGUGGAGCAGAUGGAAUAAGUUGUGAAAUGUGUGAAAAUGUCCUGGAAAACAACAAAGUCCAUCAAGCAGAGCAAACGAUGCAUUACCUAACAUACAAGUGACCUGUGAGUGAGGGCAGUCUCUUCAUGUAGCCCACAUUAAUAGUGUGGUCUGUAUCCUAUAUUCCACAUAAAUGCAGAGAAUAUAAAAAUGAAUAUACAGAUGUCUUGUCUGAGAUCUAAAUGUGUCACGCUGCAACGAUAUUUACCUGGUUACGAUUUCUGACUCAACAAUGGCUACUGACUGCAACUCGAGCACUGAGGUUCUAACAGACUUUCCUUUGCACCCUUUGGGAAAGCCCACGUGGAAUUCCUACAUCCUGGCUUGCCUGCUUAUAUCAGGACUUGAGUGCACACUUCACAUAGGCUUGGUUUUCAUGAUAUUAUGUUUUCCUUUUAUAAUAUUGUUUUAUCUUAUAUAAUUGGACCUACGUGUUUUAUCGUUCAGAUUGUUUACACCACUUUCUCCACAUUUAAACAUUAAGAGGAAAAUGCUUCUCACUCAUCAACUCCUGCAGGAGGUGAAUCGAGAAGGAAACGCAGGAUGAAGAUUUUGCCAUUUUGAAGCCAAAAUCUUAAGAGUGUACACAUAUUUUGUCGUGUUGCUUCAUUCUCAGUUAAGGGCCUCAUGGUUAUGAAUUUCUGAACAUUUUGCUUAAAUGUGUUGAUAAUUAUUUUUUAUUAUGAGAUAAUAUUAUGAUUUGUGCCAUUGUGAAGUUUGCAUAGACUGGGAAAUCUAUUUCUAAAUCGAGGAAAUUGACCUCGAGAUUCAUCAAAAUAUAAAACCAGUUAUGGGUGUCCACCGUAUAUCUUUUGUUCUCCUGACGGCAGUUCUUUUGUACUACACUUGUAUUUUAUAGAAUCCCUAGAGGAUUACAAAUGUUGGGAGGGGUGCAAACGAUCAUCCUAUCCAAGGCCACUGUGUUGUAAAAAAAUAAAGGGGUUUCAUUAUGUGAAUGAUU